AUGCUCAAGAUUCUGAGACGUGUAGUAAUCUGCUUCCAUCGCAAGAGCCAGGAACCCACCCAGGGGCAGCCAGGGUCCCUGCAAGGACUUUUAAUGCAGUGGGUAUUUGCUUUUGAAAUUACUCAGUAUAACCAGUUCUUUACCUACCCCAUAGGUGACACCAGAUUGAAUACUGUCCAGGGAUUUGCAACAAGUCUCUAUGGUGAUUGUGGCUUGAUUAACGAGUCCAUCCAUUUCAGUACUGAUCUGACUGGCAAUGUGCCUCUGAGGGUUGGACAGAAGGUUGCUGCUGUUGUUGAAGAAGAUGAAAUAUCUCGCAGAUUGAAAGCCAUCAAUGUGGAUGCAAUCUCUGAUAAUUUCAUUGACUCUGGACUGUCACCUCCCAGAAUUAGAGUCUUAAUUGCCUGUGUCACCUCUGUAAAGAAAAAUGGUUUCUGUGUUAAUAAAAAUACUAACUGCUCCCUAGACAUUGUUUCUGAAGGUUUUGUGCCUUAUAAAGGUGACUGGCUAGAAGUUGAGUAUUCCAUCCAGCCAGGCUCCUCCAAAAUCAGGGCACACUCAGCAAAGCCUGUGAACUAUAAGCAUGUGGAUGAGGUCUACAUUACUAGUUUAAAUGGAAGAAAUGGUGUGAUAGAGCAUACUAUCUUUUUCAACUUGGAUUCUCUGACACUUCCUGAUGGAUAUGUACCUCACAUCUAUGAUGUCAUCAAUGUGAUCAUGAUAGAGAGCACUCAGCCGUGCUAUAAUUGGAGGGCAGUUUCUAUCAUCCCAGUGCAAAUGGUGUAA